CGUGGAUGGGGCACGUUUGUCGUUAAUUUACCAGUAUCAGCUACCAGUGUUGCAAUUAAAAUAAUCGUACCCUGUUUUGACACUUACGUUACCGCCAGUGGAAUCAAGAUUAGCAUUUGCUGAUUUCGAAAUCAACAGUCAGUCAGGUGUGACUACAUUUGUCAGUAUGGAUCGCAACAGUUUUGACUUUGAAGAUGAAGACGUGCUAUAUGAACAGCCAGAUGGUAAAGAGGAUAGAACUGGACUUCUGAAUAACCAGACCAAAAAGACACAGUUCACAGAUGGUAAAACACCACAUCGAUGUAUCAAGACUGGGUUACUCUGUGCUGGAUUCCUUGGUUUGGGUCUCUGCACUUCCAUCCUCGGACCAACAUUACUAGAUCUUGCUACUAAUGUGGAAAAAGACUUUUCUGAUGUCUCCUACGCAAUCACAGUACGAAAUACAGGCAUGCUUGUUGGUUCAUUGGUUGCUGGUUUUGCGUUUGAUAGAUUUGAUCAACAUUUGCUGAUGGGUAGCUCAUUGGCAUUGAUGGCUAUCUUGGCAGUGUUGGUUCCUUGGUGUGGCAAGUACUGGAAGCUACUACUUACUAUUUCUGUGUGGGGUAUGUCGAUGGGAUUCCACAGCACAGGUGGCAACAUUGUGUGCAUCAGCUUGUGGGGCAAGAGAACUGGACCAUUUGUGCAAGCCUUGCAUUUUAGUUUUGGAUUAGGUGCAUUUGUAUCACCACUCAUUGCAGAGCCUUAUUUGUCAUACAACCAGACAAAUAAUAAUACUGAAAUUCUUUCUGUUGAAAGACAUUCUGUUAAUAACGUGAUUAAUAAUAGUACAGAUGUUAAUAAAAAUGAGACAAUGUCCAAUUUUACUAGUAUUGUAGGUUCAGGUGAUGGUGAUGUUCUGUUUAACACUUCAACUAUUGUAAGCAUUGAUCAUACAGAUAACAAAGAUGGUCAUCAAGAUGGCAAUAGUGAUACUGUCAGCACUUCAUCCACUCAAUCCAUUACUCCGACUAGCAAGGAUACCAGUAGUCCAGAUAACAAAGAUGGGCCUGAGAAUGGCAUUAAUGAUCAUGAUAAUUCAUCAAAUCAAUCCACUACUGUAAGCAUUGAGCAUACAGGAAGUUCAGAUAACAAAAAUGUUUCUGGAGAUAGUAUGCUGGCUAAUAUUCCAUCAACUGAUUCAUCCAUUGUAAAUGCCACAGAUAGUUCUUCAGGCAGUGUGAUUUCAUUCUAUACAACAUUUCUGAAUCAUGCAUCCAGUAUACAAAAAGCCUACAUGGUGAUUGCAGUUUGCUGCCUCAUUGUUUCACUGCCCUUCUUCUGGUUUUUCUGUUCUGGUCCUCGCUUUCUAAUAGCUGGUCAGCGAGCUGCUGUCAGUGCUGGUGUUGGCAGAGAAUCAUCUGAUGAGAAGCUUCUGUUUCGUUUUAUAUUCUUGACCGGUCUGUUUCUUUUCUUCUUCUUUUAUAAAGGGUUGGAGGAGGGUUACGGUGGAUACAUUUAUGCUUUUGCUAAAAAAACUGAUGUGAACUUUACUUCACAGAAUGCUAGCUACAUCAAUGCAGCGUUUUGGGGUGCUUUUGCACUGGGUCGCCUUCUGGCUAUUUGCUUUGCUCUUUGUAUGCGACCGAUGUUCAUGCUCGCCCCAGACUUGCUUGGGGUGCUCCUGUCAGGAAUUCUACUAGUUGUAUUAGGCGACUCUAAUGCAGGGGUUUUAUGGUUUGCCAUCAUACUUUUGGGAUUCUCCAUGGCAUCUAUUUUCCCAACCACUAUUGCAUUUGCUGAUCGGUACAUACUCCUGACUGGUAAAGCCAUGGCGUCAUUUGUAGUCGCAACGUGUCUGGGCAGCAUCGCCAUACCCUGGCUAUUGGGGCUGUUGUUCCAUCAGAAAGAAGGUGUGGAUGUUCUGAUGAAAGUGAUGGUCACGCUUUCUAUCAUAUUACCUGUUAUGUAUAUCGGCAUGCAGAUCAUGGCCUCUCGUGAGGGAGAACGUACGAACUCUCGAAUUCCUGAUGACAGUGCAGAGCAGCUGCUGAGCGCCAUCGAAGAAGAGGUCAUUGAGCUUGAAAAGAUGGCUUCCAAGAACAACAAUCCUAAAAAAGGACGUGUUAAAAGGGUCAGCAACAAAUACAAGCUGUCGCAGACCAUACGCGAAUUGAAGAAAGAUGUUAAAAAUGAUUAA